AUGGCAGACAAGCCCACAACGGUAAUCCCGGGCCUCCAGCAGCCACCACUGCUGGACUUCGACAAAACGUCGGAGUGGCCGGCGUGGAUCGACCACUUCGAUGACUACCGCUUCGCCACAGCUCUCAAUGAACGUUCGGGAGAGGCCCAGGUACGCACGCUACUUUACACAAUGGGCCGUCAAGCCCGCGAAGUCUUUGCUACAUUUGGGCUGACCGGCGAAGAAGUAAAAAGUUAUGAUGUCGUCAAGCAAAAGUUCGACAGUCAUUUCGUCAAAGAAAGAAACAUUGUUUAUGAAAGUGCCUGCUUUCACAGACGCCAGCAACGGCCAGAAGAAUCGGUGGAUCAGUUCGCAAGCGCGCUUCACGUGCUGGCAGACCGCUGCGACUUCGGGGAUAUGAAGAAGAGACUCAUCCGAGACCGGUUUGUCGUCGGGCUCCGAGACGCUCAACUAUCCGAGGCCUUGGAGAUGGACCCGCAGCUGACAUUGGCUACGGCGCUGGCCAAUGCUCGCCUCAAGGAAACCGUGCGACAGCAGCAGCAGAGCCUUCGACCGGAAGGUGUCCACAUCGGUAGCCUGCCAGAACGUCAGGACCAAGGCGCCGUCGUGGACGCCGUGGGCCACCAGAAACGCCCGCAACCCAACGGGGGACGAUGUCCCUACUGCGUCGGCGACGCUCACCCGAGGUCGACGUGCCCGGCCCGAGCUUCCAAGUGCCACUGCUGUGGUAACAAAGGAAAUUUUGCGAGAGCCUGCCUCCAGAAAGCUGGCUGCCCCCAAGGCGAGCACAAGCUUUGUUGA